AUGACAGCCCAUCUUGAGCUUCAAGGGGGCCGGAACCCCAGGAGCUGGCUCAUCUUGGGCUUUGUGGGUGGCUCGGGCACCACCGCCACGAGUACGCAUUCUGGCAAAUCUAACAAAGUUUUGUAUGACCGUAAAGGAAAGGGUCGACAGGGAUUUGUGGGUAUCUGUGGAGCAGGUAGAAUGAACGUGUGGGAGGUGGGUUAA